AUGCUAGGUGAAGAGCAGCAUGAAGCCUCAACGAGGAACGCCGCUCGACGCGACAAUGCGGAACCCAAAGACGAAAGCGCCGCCAAAGAGGUCCGACUGCUCGAUCGCUUCACAUGGGCUAACUUCACCUGCACUCAGUCUACCGGCGGCGUGGCCAUUCUCCUGUCCGAGACCCCCCAUCAAUUUCGCGGGCUGCAGACCGCCGGUAUCGUAGUCUUCAUCCUCAACCUAGUGCUGUUCGUCCUUUUUACUACAGCCAUUAUCUCCUACUUCACCGGCUCCCUAUGGCUCUCGAUGGCGACCAUCAUCAUAUGUAUGCAGCGUUUCGGUGCUCCUCACGCCGGUCCUUGGGUCAUUGUCGCCGUCCGAGUUCUCUUUUGGAUCUAUGCUGCCAUUACCCUGGCGUAUAACAUCGUCAUCUUCGUCGUCAUGUUUGUCGUUUGCCCCCUCGAGCCUGGCACCAUGAGCCCACCAAUGUUUCUGAUGAUUUUCAACGCCAUGCUGACCGGCACUGUCGCGUCGUCUAUUGCAGCAUAUCAGCCUCUCUCACAACGAAUGGCCAUCAUCGUUGCCGGCAUAGCUUUUCAGGGUCUUGGAUGGAUGUUGUGCACUUUGUUUCUUCCGCUCUUCGUGGGCAAUAUGCUUAUCAAUGGUCUCGGCCCGGCGAACCAGAGACCCGGACUCUUCAUAUCCGUAGGUUCCUCAGGAUACACCAUUGUAGCUCUCAUUGGGUGCGCCAAGGCAAUCCCCGACGAGUACGGAUACUUUGCGAAGCACCCUACUGCUUCAGAAACCUUGAACGUCAUGGCAUUGUGGAUAGGCAUAUUCCUUUGGCUCUUCACAUUCUGGCUAUUCGCAAUUGCGCUGGUCGCUCAUUUGCCCAUUCUGAUUUCCAAAUGCGACAAUAGUAUGUCGCAGCCACAGAUGAUGUUCAUACUGCCUUGGUGGGCCAUUGUCUUCCCCAAUGUUGGCUUCACAAUUGCCACGAUUCGCAUUGGCGAGGAGCUGGAAUCCAACGCCAUAGCCUGGGUGGCAACAGUCAUGACUAUACUAGUCUUUGCGGCAUGGCUCAUGGACUUAUCCCUGCAUCUAAAGUCUAUAUUUCAAAAGCGCAUCAUGUAA